GGCAAAGGGAGGCAGCAAGCUUGAGACAACAACUGCACAACUUGCAAGAAAAUCAUCGGCAGUUGAUGGGACAAGAUCUUUCCGGACUGGGUGUUAAGGAACUUCAAAAUCUAGAAAAUCAGCUAGAAAUGAGCCUACGUUGCAUCCGGACAAAAAAGGACCAACUCAUGGUUGAUGAAAUUCAAGAACUGAAUCGGAAGGGAAGUCUCAUUCAACAAGAUAAUAUGGAAUUAUACAGAAAGGUCAACCUAAUUCGUCAGGAAAAUGUUGAAUUAUACAAAAAGCUCUACGAGAAAGAAGCAGCAGGUGAAGUCAACCGCGAUUCAACAGCACCAUACAAUUUUGCAGUUGUCGAUAAUGCCAAUACUCCUAUUCAUCUUGAGCUUAAUACUCCGCCACAAGAAAAUGAUGUUGAGCAACCAUCGCCUCCUAAAUUAGGGUUACAACUAAAUCCAUGAAGACAUGCAGUGUAACAUUGCUUAAGUUCUCAUUGUCCUAGAAGGCUGCAACUCAAAGCAGCCAGAACUGAUUGGUUAUUAACGGACCUAAAUGCAUAGCAACAAAGAUAAAGUAUGCAUGCCACGGACGAUUGGCAAUGGUAGUGUA